CAUUUAUUAUUUUUCUUAGGAAUAAAUCAAAAUUUCUCACAUCAAAAUUAAUAUUAUGUGUACAUAAUCUUACUAAAAACCUAAUGUAAGACUUUCAGACAAUAGAGAGCGGGAGAAGUAAUUUAUUUACGGCUUUAAAACAUGAUUUCAGCGUGUACGUGACAAAAAAAUUAUGAAUCAAGUGACAUCAUUCAUUCAGUGACAUCGCUCAUUUCAAUAGAAAGCCGUUUCAAUACAGAUCGUUAACUCGAGCAAUGAAAAUGCCCAACAAACGAAGGGAAAAUUUAUUAUUCGGUGAUUGAGUGGACCUCGUCAAUAGCGAUAGCUACAACUUGCUUUCCAAGCUUUCCUUUUGAAGUCCUUUUGUCCAUUCCUUAGACAACCACGAUUUGUGACUGCAGUACGCCUUUGAGUGAAUUUUUAAGGAUCAUACAAUUUCACAGCUUCUACUUUUAACGGCUUCAUCCACAUCUUAUCCCAUCAUUGCCGCCGCUACUCUGAUUUUGUUCAAAUGUUCCACUUGGUUUUUCAUGAUGGCAAUCAACGGAGUUACCAAAACAAUCGUAAAUGGCAGGCUUAUAGUACUUUGCGAAACGAAACGAAACGAAACGAAACGGUACUUUGCGAAAUGGUACUUUGCGAAACGGUACUUUGCGAAAUGGUACUUUGCGAAAUGGUACUUUGCGAAAUGGUACUUUGCGAAACGGUACUUUGCGAAACGGUUACACAAGCGCCAAUGCGCCCAAAUUUUUCGCGUUGGCGACCAAAUCCUGAAAAUUAGCAGCCUAGAAUGCUUCAUCACACCUUAUCUCUAGUACCUAGAAUGCUACUGAAAGCUUAAGAUUUGUUUCCAAAGAGCAAUGUAUUACCAGACGCCAUCUUGGAUUUAGGUGACUUGGAACGUUGUGUAUGAACUAUUUUAGUGUCAUCUUUGUAACACGUGUUAAUUUUGCGGGCGCAUCUUUCACACGCAGACAUGUCGCGAAGAGGUAUGUUGAAAGCCAUGCUGGGCUUCAAAAUAAGAAGCGCUGAGGAACACUGUUGUAAAUAAUGUUUGCUAGCACAUGGGCAGACGUCGGUCUCACAUGCAUGACCCCAGAGCGCGGGAAAAUUUCUCACGCAAUGCCUCGCGUGACGAAAGAAAGACAAACAUUUCGCAAAGUAUCAUUUCGCAAAUUACCAAAAUCAAUUUUUUUGUUUGAUUUGCUUUAAUUGUAAUUCAUAUAUGGUACUCAUAGUAACUAAGAAACAAAUUUACAAGAAAAACGCUCUGAAACGCUCUUUUUACAUGUUUGCGUGUGAAAGAUGCGCCCGCAAAAUUUACACGUGUUACACAGAGGACACUAAAAUGGUUUAUACACAACAUUCAAGUCACCUAAAUCCAAGAUGGCGUCUGGUAAUAGAUGCUGCUCUUAGGAAACAGACUUAACGAGGAAAUUUGCUCCAGGUUUAUCUUUACAAAUCUUCAGCUUUCAGUGGAAUUCUAGGUACUCUAGAUAAGGUGUGAUGAAGCAUUGUGUUGUAACCGUUUCGCAAAGUACCGUUUCGCAAAGUACCAUUUCGCAAAGUACCGUUUCGCAAAGUACCAUUUCGCAAAGUACCGUUUCGCAAAGUACCAUUUCGUUUCGUUUCGUUUCGUUUCGCAAAGUACUAUAAGCCUAAAUGGCAUUCUAUCCUGCCUUCAUUCCAACGCACACUUUAUUCGAGGAAAAAGCUGGAAAAUAAGUCUUUUUCCAAAGCCAGUCGGUGAAAUUGCGAAGACAUCUAUCCUGCUGACUACGUGUUUUAAACAGUUCCUUUGCUCUUCGCGUUUAGCCUCCACGUUUGGAAAAACUCUCAGCGCUGUGUUUGUUGCGAGUUCGAAUUCUGCGUGACGGGACGUAGAGUCUGUCAUCACCGCCAUAUCGCAUUUCUCGCUGUGAGCCAAGAAGCUUCACUGUUGACAAAAACUGUCAAAAUCAACCAAUCAGAGGGUAUACCAGGAUCUGGUAUACCGGAACGCACUUUUGUUAAAAAUUCUUAAUACAAGCGUUCCCGCACCUCUCUCCCCAGUCCCCCUCUACUUUUCAUCGCUUUCUUUAAUUCGCACCGCUCUCCACUAUCUGAACGCUUGGAACAGGCUAGUAGAGUGGAAAAUUUCUAAACACGUGUGAGAUUUAAUUUUCUUGCAUAAUAAUUUCAUACGUAAUAUAUUUUUUUCCUAUGCUAAUUUCCAACGUUCAUUGUUAUCAACUCCAUUGAGACACGCUUUUCCAGAAAUGCCUUUGAAGUCGUCUAGUAAACUCGCAGCCUUCGGCUCGUGAUUUUAUUUUCCAUAAUCUCACACGUGAGUUUAUCGAUGACGUAAUUUCGGUCAUUUCCUCUCUAUUAUUUUAUCGAUGUCUUUUUGUCUAUAUAAUAAAAAGAACAUUACAAGGCGGCUUGAAGAUAUGAAUUUCAUUUUCUCGUGGCAAAAACAAUAUUUUACUCGCUCGCUGAGCUCGGUUCGUAAAAUAUUGUUUUGCCACUCGAAAAUAAAAUUCAUAUCUUCGCACCACCGUGUAAUAUCCUCUAUGCAUAUCAUACUGUCGAUAAUGAUGUCCGAGAACGUUCAAACGUUGUAUAUUUUUUUAACUGUUUUAAAUAUUUCUAAAUGUUUUUAAGAAAAGCUUUUUCUCAAUUUUUUAUAGUUUGUACUUAUUGGUUUUAUUUAACAUCAUCGCGGAUCUAAAGUACAGGUCCUAUUUUACAGGUCAAGGAGUACAGCUUACUGCUCCAUUGAUAAAUUACCAAACCACACACAUUCCCCUCGAUCUAAUAGAGCAUUUUGUCACUAAGAGAUUAGGGCUAGGAGACACUUUUAAUGCUAUCCAUUUAUCUGUAUCAUGGCGACCUGUACUCUGACCUGUGGAAAAGUGACAGCCGUAAAAUGUCUAAAAUUAGCCCACCUCAAAUAUUGUUUCAGUUUUCUCCGUGCUUUCAUUCUUUAUCUCUCUACAGGUUAUUACAUGUACAUAGACACGUCUGGUCUACGGCAGUGCGUCGAAAGUGUAAAAUUGUCUAGUUCCCCACUGAAAUUCCUCAGGAACAUGUGUCUGAAAUUCUAUUACCGCAUGGAUGGUGCAGAUGCUGGAAGUUUAAACGUUACCAUAGAUGGAAAAUUACUGUUUUCUGCAAGUGACCUGUACGUGGAAAACAUUUGGCUUGAGGCCGGUAUAAAUACAUCAUCUAUUACGGGAUCGUUGAUGGGAACGCAUAGGGUAAACUUUUUGUCAAAAAUAUCGAUGUCUCUCUUUUCAGUUGAUAAGUUUUAGUUGAUUUCACUUGAUUUUUCCGUACUUUAUAACACCAGUUGCUCUCAAAAUUAUACAGCAUAGACUCUUUGGCAUGAUUACAUCUUAUUUCUUUGACAGGUAACAUUUGAAGCCUUCCCUGGAAAAGGCCAGUCGGGUGGCAUAGCAAUUGACGACUUCUCCUUUACAGCUGGGUCUUGUCCUUUAAGUAAGUAAAUUGAUAAAAAGAGGCUUUGUUGAAAGACUAACAUAGCAUUUCCAAAGGUGAAAACAUUUUUUAAAUGUUUCAGUUUAGUUUCUUGUAGUGAGGAGUCCUUGAUAACUGCACUGAAACUAUUGCGAUAUCUUACUUCCUCGAUGUAAUACCAUCAAUUAAUUUAUUUGUUUUUAACACGAUCUUCAAAAUCAAACUUCACUUAGAAAAAGCCUUCCAUCAAAUGAAUCAAGUGCUAUGUGAAUGAUCGGGAAAGGGAGUCUGAAAUGGCGUAUCCCAGUCGGGAUGGACGCGAUCGUAUAUGUGUAUGUCUCACUUUGUCAUGUUCGGAUAAUUGUUUACAAUUUCAGUGAAUCUUAGUGACAGGCUUCUCAAGCUAGAAAACACCAGAGAGAUCACAGAAGUUCAACUCUGGACGUCAGAUGGUAGCAAUACGAGGUGUAUCAAUAUAACAGGGUUGUAGCUAAGCAAUAGAAAACGCACGUUUUCCGUGUUUGCAUAGCUUGAUAUAAACAUGAGAGGGGCUGGGAUAAUUCGAGACAGUUAUGAAAACCCGAGACGAAAUGGGUAAAUAACGUAAAUUUGUCAAAUUUGUGGAGUUUUCACCUCAAAACAUUUUUCAAAUUUGUGCUUGCGAUAUUAGCACACGCACAGCAAAACAUCUUGACGUCACACCUGUGUUUACAGCAUGUUUCUCGGCCAAUCAGAGCACGCAUUCCAUCUUAGUUAUAUAAUUUCCCCCGCAGGAAUUUCGCCUAGAAGGCGAAAUUCCGAGCAGGCACCCCAGUACCUCGCGCGUAUAUAGGGAAAAAUACUUACAGUUAUAAUACGCAGUCAGAAAAAAUCUCGAUUUGCUUGAUCGGGGGCUGCAUGGAAUCGUUGGGUAAUGAUCAAUGAUGUCGUUUCGAUUUUGCACUCCUGCAAGUAAGAGAUGGUUACUUAGGAUGACGUAAGACAGAAAAACCCCGAGGGCGCCACUUAGGUUGAUUUCGUGACACUUAUAAUUUGCGUAUACGUUGAUACUCUUUUGCGUUACGUGUGUUCAGAGACAUUCUGUGGAGCAGCUGUUUUGAAAGUUAUGCACCAUAAAAGACACUCGUCAAGCGCAGAUGAAGUCAUAAGGAGCAUAUAACUGUAUUUAAAUAGUACAUUCACACGAAGUGAUCUCAACAGAGUCAGAAAGGAAACAUUUAAAAAAACAAUUAGUUUGAUUGACAGGUGAAUUCAUGCGUGAACAUGUAGCCGUAAACAGUAGAUGCGCAAAAGUUAGAUCUUUACAGAAUCUUCAAACAUGGCAAAUCAUAGUUUUAGUCUUUUGUAAGCUUUAGCAUCAAUGGUUUUAAAGAAAACGUCGAAAGUUUAAAUUACCACGGUAACCCCUGCUGAGAGGAAACGUAUAGCUUAAUAAGUUUCUGUCAACUCACCAUGAAUGAGAAAGUUUUUUGUCGCUUCUUGCAAAUGCUGUUAAGAGCGGCUACAAUCGAGGUGAGCGUUGUUUAUCUGCAGUUUUCUUUGCUUUGUUAACUUGUUGGCACGUACAAUUUUCGAAAAUAUUUGCCUUCAUUUUUUCUCCAUGGAUUAAAUCCCGAGUUCACAAAACAGUGAUAGAGCCGCCUUGUUUUCCUGUGUAGACUCUGUAGUGGUAACAAACAGGAGGGCAUUUUGCAUGCCCAUGGGUGCAUCCGCUGAACGACAAUAACGUGGGCGCAUCAAAUCUGAUGGCGGGAAAUCGAAAACUCUCGUGUAAAGUUACAGUCCUUUUAAAAGCCAUUUCGUUGGUGCUUUGAAUACCGUACUUUCCUACAAAAAAUUUUCUCCAUGACAAAAAUCGGACGUUUUCUAUUCGGGUUUUCACUUGUAGAAUUUUCAGCAGUAGGUUUUCGUGGCCUUUUAAAGACUUUCAAGACUCAACGCCAAAAAGUCAUGUUCCUGUAUAAGUCUGAUUUUCACUGGCAAAGCAAUGCAUUUCUAUGGUUUGAUUACCAAACUCGUGGUUUUACUUAUCAAGGAGGAAAUGCAUCGUAGCAAUGUUCAGCCGCUUUAAGACAAAAAGCGAAAAAAAAAAUUACCACGCGAGGUUUAUUUAUUAGCGCGAUGUCUCAUGUUAAACUGAUCGCGGAGGCACGCUUUUAUAUAUGCCACAAAAACGUGAAAUCUAUGGGAUUUUUACAGUUUUUCGAAAGUUUUCGCGAAAAAAUUUAUAAAAAAAUAUUCUAUAGGAAAUGAAGACGGGAUUGAGUUUAAGACAGCAACAACUACAAGUGAUUAUGUAGUACAUAAUCACUUGAGCAUUUCAUAAGCUCAGUUGCAGACAAAACGAAUGCACAUGCUCCGAAAAAACGAACAAUACUUUUAUUUUUCUUCAACUCAAAAAGAUACAGAGACUUUUCCCAAGCUACUAUUUUGAAGCGACUCUUGAGUAACAGGUCCUGUGUUCCACAAUCGAUUUCUUGUUAUUAAAAAUAUUUGAUGACAGUAGUGAUCCAUUCAAAACAGAGAAUGCCCUUCACUCCAUAAAUCUAACUGACGAUGUUGUUCACCUUCAAAGCCUGUUUAAACAUAAGACAGGAAGUUUGUUAAAGGGGUGCAUAUAUAAUGCUGUUUCCUCAAAAAAUAAAUACUGCCGCUAAAGGACCCAAAUGAGCUGGGAUUCGACAACAAACAUGACACAAAUGAAUGGAUGAAUUUGUCUAUUAUUAAUGUUUCUGUUGAGAGCUUUUUACUGUAUCCGGGUGAACCUCUUAUGUAAGUUGUACAUCAUGGAAGAAUUAUCAAGCAGAGACUGAUGCAUUAAACAAGAAUGUGGUUCAAUACAGAGGAGAAGCUGGUCUCAGUCAACAUCCUUCGUGAAUGAAAUGUCUCACAAAUUAGCAUAUCAACAAAUGUAGUAUCCACAAAAUGGUAUCAUUCCGGAAUAAAUGCAAUUUUUUGCAACAGAAACGAAGAUUUAUUUAAAAGGUGUAUGAUAACGUUUCAUUUCGUGCUAUUUUGGGGUUGGGGAGUUGUAAUGUAUCGAUAGUAUUGUCUACCGGAAGUUGUGUUAGCGGAAGUUCUCGGAUACUGUAAACGUGCAAAGGAUCAUGGAUAUUUGUGUGGGCCAUGCGUUCGGGGUGCCAUGGCGGCCGAAUAAAGUGUAGUUUCUUUCUUAGUUAAAUCUGGUUUAUUACACGGCCAUCCGGGCAUCGUUGAUUACAUUGGCGACGAGGAUUCAAUUCGUUUUGUGAGGUAGUGGAUGUUUUGGAAGUCAUUUGUGCGGAAAGUACUAGUAUUUUGUCAGGAAGAUGACGGACAGUGGAACCACUUCGAGUACAACUUCAAGAUCACAAGCUUCGCCAUCCGCGACGUUUGUUCCUCUUCUUGAUGUGGCCAGCCUUCUUCCCUUCAAUCUUAAGGAAGAUCCGAACACCCUUGCAGUUCGCUGGAAGUUGUGGAAACGCUCGCUCAAUCUGUAUUUGGCGGCAAAAGGGAUUACGAAAGAUGAACAGAAAACCGCAUUGCUGUUGCAUACUGGAGGGUUGAAUUUUCAGGAGCUUUCUUACACGUUAUUGACCGGUACGGAUAUCAAGCCGUUCGCUGAGAGUAUGGAGUUGUUGGAUAACUAUUUUGCACCGCAGUUGAACGUUCCAUUCGAAAGGCAUCAGUUUAGGCAAAUGGCGCAAGCGUCAGGAGAGUCGGUGGAUCAGUUUGUUUGUCGGUUGAGGCAGAAAGCGAUCUUCUGCGAGUUUGGAAAUGUUGAUGAGGCAAUAAGGGAUCAGCUUAUUGAGAGAUGCAGGGACCCCAGACUUCGCUGUAAGUUCCUUGAGAAAACAAAUGCUACUCUUAAGGAUUUACAAGAUUUGGCUCGUUUGCAGGAAGAAGUGAACAUGCAGGUCAAGGCUAUGGAACAGUCAUCCGGUCAGGUGAAUGCUGUUUCCGGCAAACCUCACAGCAAAGGAAAAGGAAAAGGGACAGCGCGGGGUAGAAACAGAGGAAAUAAGCCUGGUAAACCGUCUGGUGGUUCUCAGGAGACAAAAGUGAGAGGCUGUUUUCGCUGUAAUUACACUGACCAUAUGGCACGUGACCCGAAUUGACCUGCCCGUAGCAAGAAAUGUGAUGCAUGCGGCGAGAUUGGACAUUUUGCAGUCUGUUGCAAAACAAAGGAACGCAAACCUCUUACAAGAGAUGAUGAGGGAAGGAAUAAUACACCGGGUAGAGCCUAUCAACUAUCAGAGGAUUCAGCCACUGGCCAACAAGAUUAUUAUGCCUUUACAGUUGGAGUCAGUCAGCCUACAAGUGGUAGUGAAGUUGAUUUGAAGGUUGGAGGAGUGACGUUACCAGCGGUACUUAUUGAUUCUGGAGCGUCGUGCAAUGUGAUUGACCAAACAACCUGGGAAGUUUUGAAGAAGAAUAGUGUCCAGUGUGAGUCCAAGAAAUCAAGCAAAAAGCUGUUUGCUUAUGGACAGAAAGAUCCUAUUGAGGUGAUUGGGACAUUUGUGUCUGUGAUUGUGUGCGAGAUCAGUGGCAACAGUUGUGUGGACGAAUUCACAGUGGUUAAAGGUCCAGGAAGAUCUCUACACGGAAAGAACACUGUAGAGAAGUUGGGCGUGUUAUGGGUCCGUCCAGAUGUGUGUUCAUUAACUGUUGAAGGAAGUGAUGCCGACAUCCGUGAGAAGUAUAGAGAGGUUUUUACAGGGGUUGGGAAGCUGAAGGAUUUUCAGCUGAAAUUACAUAUAAAAGACGAUGUCACGCCGGUUGCACAACCCGUACGGAGACUGCCAUUUGGGUUAAGAGCCAAGGUUGACGAGAAGUUGGAUGAGCUGUUAGCCAAAGACAUCAUCGAGGAGGUGUCAUACAACCCAAUUGAGUGGGUGUCGCCGUUGGUUGUUGUCCCGAAGACAGACGGUGACGUUCGGAUUUGCCUAGACAUGCGCAGGGCGAAUUCAGCAAUAGAGUGGGAAAGACAACCCAUCCCUACAAUUGAGAAAGUCUUGUAUGACCUUAAUGGCUCGACUGUCUUCUCAAAGCUCGAUCUCAAGUGAGGCUUCCACCAGGUGGAAUUGGAUAAAAGAUCUCGCGAGAUCACAACAUUUGUUACAAACUGUUGUUUGUACAGGUACAAGUGUUUUAUGUUCGGGGUAACAUCGGCGCAUGAAAAGUACCAGAAAAUUGUGGCGGAUGUUUUGCAUGGUUGCGAGGGAGUGGCUAAUUUGGCAGAUGAUUUGAUUGUGCAUGGUUGUGGCAUAAAGGAACAAGGCAGGAAUUUGCAUACUGUACUGACCCGAUUAAAAGAGAAAGGACUAACCUUGAAUAGGGACAAAUGCCAGUUUCGUCUUCCCAAGCUUACAUUCUUCGGUCAUAAUCUGAGCAGGCAAGGUGUUGCGCCCAGUGAAGAGAAAGUAGCUGCCAUCUUGAAUGCAAGAUCAUUUUCAGGUCAGAUCAUUUGUUCAGCUUGUACAGUAUUCUGCAAAGUUUCUUCCAAACUUCGCGCAAGAAGCAGAACCACUCAGGAGCCUCCUGAGGAAGAAUGAGCCUUUCAUCUGGGGUGAAGCACAGGAAAGGUCAUUCCAGAAGCUGAAACAGCUAGUUGCACAGGCCACUACGCUUCCAUAUUUCAGAGGAGACUGUAAAACGCGUAUUAUUGCCGAUGCAGGUCCACAGGGUUCAGGUGCAGUGCUGACUCAACUUCAAGACGGCGAGUGGCCAGCAAUCUCGUACGCGUCCAGAAACCUCACUGAGGUGGAGCGGAGAUACAGCCAGACCGAGAAAGAGGCCCUUGCCCUAGUAUGGGCUUGUGACAGGUUUAACAUUUAUGUGUACGGGCGCAAAUUUGAACUUGAAACUGAUCACAAGCCACUCGAGUGUAUUUUUGGCAGACUUUCAAAACCAUCAGCACGUAUCGAAUGUUGGGUUCUGAGGUUGCAGGGGUAUGACUACAGAGUUGUUUAUCGGCCUGGCAAAGCAAAUAUCGCAGACUCUCUCUCAAGACUCAAUCAAUGUAACCCUAAAGACACAAGUGGGGAGGAAUUUGACUUUGUCAAGGCAGUCGCUGAGGAAAGCUUACCUGUUGCCCUGACAGCGAAACAAGUCGAAUUGGUUUCUGAUAGUGACCCAGAAAUUGCUAGCCUGAGACAGUACAUUUUAAGUGGGGACUGGUCUCAAUGUAGGAUGACAGCUUAUGUGCGUGUCAAGGAUGAAUUGUGUGUGUUAGGCAAACUUGUGUUUGUUUUGCGCGGUACGAGAAUUGUUGUUCCGAAGGCUUUACGGGGAGAAGUCUUGGGUCUUGCCCACGAGGACAUCAGGGCAUCGUAAAAAUGAAGGCACGUUUAAGGACAAAGGUUUGGUGGCCAAAGCUUGACUCGGACGCAGAGCAGGUGUGUAAGUCUUGUCAUGGCUGCCUAGUCGUAGGUGAGUUCCAGGUUCCUGAGCCCAUGAAGAGAGUGAAGCCGCCUACUGGACCCUGGCAAGACAUACCCAUAGACCUGAUAGGCCCCCUUCCCACUGGAUAAAGUUUGCUCGUAGUCGUAGACUGUUACAGUAGAUUCUACAAGGUAGCGAUCAUGUGCUCAACAGCAGCUAAGAGAGUGGUGGAUGUACUGACACAGAUAUUCUCCAGAUAUGGAUUUCCAUUUACACUCAAGUCUGACAAUGGUCCUCAGUUUUGCUGUGCGGAGUUUGAGAAGUUUCUCUCUGAUCACGGAAUCGAACACUUGAUUUCGCCACCGCUCUGGCCACGGGCCAAUGGACAUGUUGAAAGACAGAAAAGAACUCUGCUUAAGACUUUGAAAGUUGCUCUCGUUGAGGGAAAAAACUGGCGUGAAGAACUGCAGAGGUUUUUGCUAGCAUAUAGAACCACAAUGCAAACAAGCACUGGUGUUACUCCUGCGUCCCUUAUGUUUGGCAGAGAGUUGAAAACCAAACUUCCAGAGUUGAGGCGCGCUGGUAACCUGUUGGACGAGGGGGUCAGAGAUCGUGAUUGGAAUCACAAGUUCACCUACAAGGAACAUGCUGACAACAAGCGGGGUGCAGCCGAAAGCCCUGUAGUGCCUGGAGAUCUGGUUUUACUGAAGAACAAGAAAACGUCUGGCAAGCUAGAAGCAAAUUUCGAGAGUGAGCCAUACACAGUGCAGACGAAGGAAGGCAGUAGGGUGACUGUUAGGUCAAAGGAGGGUGUGGAAUACAGGCGGAACAGUUCAUUUGUUAAGCGGUACAACCCACCAGGGGAAUCCCGAGAAGCCACAGAGGCCGCUUCUCAAGAAGCACCCAAUACUCUUCCACUGGAGGAGAGUAUAGCGACAUCAAGACAAAGGCGGACUAUCAGAAUGCCGGAGAAGUACAAGGACUAUGUACUUUAUGAACUGAACUCUGUUGACACGUUGGACUUAUGUUGAAGUCUGUUAGAUUUGGUUUCAUGUUAUUAGUUUUUAUUGAACAGUCUUAUUGAGAUAACUUAAUGCGAGCAGAACAGUUUUCAUACAGAUUUAUUUUGUCGCUGUUAAGUGCCUUAUUGACUUUUUCUCGUAGUCUGUUUGUUUCUAAAGAAAGGAAGGGACAUAAUGUAUCGAUAGUAUUGUCUACCGGAAGUUGUGUUAGCACAGGUAGCCCAAGCUCACUAUGAGAGCCCUGAAUAACAUUAUCCUACUUAGGUAAUUAAUUAUUCAUACAGCAAGAAUAUUAUAAGACGUUGUAUGGAGAAAUAUUCUUUGCUCACUAAAUUAGCAAAAUGUACAUUGAAUAUCGCUUUGAAGCUUACCUUUAGCGUCUUCUUGUUUUUCUUCGUAUUCUGACUGCAUUUCAGACCUCCUAGGCACUGUUUAAGGCCUUUUCUGGAGCGAUAGUUUUUCACCCAGAUGACAGUAGAUAGAAGAGAAGAGAAGGUUGGCAAACCUCUCUUGACCGGCUCCGCUCUCGGCGGCGAUAAAUUCCGUGACAUUUGCGACAUGGAGACAAUUCCGCCAGAAACAGAUGUCCUGAUAAAUAACGCACAUUUUCCAUCAUUCACAUCGCCAAAAUUCCCAUUUCGAAGGUCCUAAAUCGCUAACGAAGUGGGCAAUACACGGCUGAGGUUAGGCGAGUCGAGAGCAGACCCGCAACGGACUCCAACCGUCAAGUCGACAAUUUCAAACCGACGGGGGCUGGCAGGGUCAAAUUGUUCAACCGUCAAAGGACAAUUGGAGCAUUUAGCCUACUGGGUACAGUAACUGAUUUUUCACUUCUCACGUUGCACUCCGGGGUCGCGGAAAUCAAGUAUCGCUUGUGAUAAUUUUCUUGCUGUAUGAAUAAUUAAUUAGCUAAGUGGGAUAAUGUUGUUCAGGGCUCUCAUAGUGAGCUUGGGCUACCUGUGGUGUUAGCGGAAGUUCUCGGAUAUUGUAAACGUGCAAAGGAUCAUGGAUAUUUGUGUGGGCCAUGCUUUCCGGGUGCCACGGCGGCCGAAUAAAGUGUAGUUUCUUUCAUAGUUAAAUCUAGUUUAUUACACGGCCAUCCGGGCAUCAUUGUUACAGGAGUUAGGCUAGAUUUUCUUUAAAACGCCAAAAUGUUAUAUUGAUUUGCAUAAUGAAAUGUAAACAAACAGUGUACUAUCAAAAUAAGGUGGAAAAAGUCAGAAUUCAAACCGAUUGCUGUAAUUUUUUUCCUAUGUAUAACUAAAUGAUAGAAUAUUCUUAUUUUCAAAACACAAUCUUACUGGCAUCAUUAUAUUGAUUUAAAUUUAUACUUGAAGUGCGUGUAUUUUAUUUCUCAACGAAGACGUACCGGAGAAGAGGGCUAAAAUUACUGCAGAAGGCGACUUUUCACAGCCUUCAUCAAAACGCCAUUCAUUCACGGAAGUAUUCUUAGUUUCGUUAAUCAUUAAGUUAAUCUGGGGAGAAAGGCAAGAUUUCGAGAUAAACAAGCCAGCGAAAAGGUGAAAAACAGUUUCACGGCAGAAUGGGCACUUAAUUAACCACUGUAUUCCUGAAACGAUUAAGUUCGAUUUUAGAGUUAUACUAUUUAGAAGAAUUAAGUAUCUAUAGGAUAAUUGUUCAACGAAAAAUUAUCAUACUGACCUUUUCCUCCCGCUCAAAAAAUGUGCGCGAAAUGUUAGGUCGUAAGAACAUUCAGCCGCCAUCUUGUCUUCGAUGUACUGUUUUACGAAAUGAAAGACUGUCCUCUCAAUGGCGACAGCGAGGCUACAAUAAAGCCGCUUUCAUCGUAGAAAUACCUCGAUACCUUAAAGAACAUGUUUGUGAAACGUAGCACCUAAUACACGUCAUUCAGCUCCAGAAAACAGCCUGCAAAUGUUAGUACUAAACGUAAACAAUUCACAGAAAAUGCCUCUGUGACACUUCAACAGCCUAUAUUGAAGCAUGCGCAUACAAAAUGCCCUCCUGUUGUGGUAACAUAGCCUGGGUAGUAGGCAUUAAUGUGGGGGGAAGGGUAAGAAAGAGAAGAAGGGAAACGCCUGCUUCAAAAGCCGCGUCUUUUGCAUUUCGCCCCGUAUUUCAACUACCAAUCAGAAUUAGGCGCGAGCUUUUCUGCUUGACUGACUUCACGCGGGAAUGUAUCGCCAAAGGCGGUUUCGUAGCUGUAGAGAAAAUGACAACAGAACGUCGGCGUCGCGACUCCGACAAAAAUUUGUAAGAGGGGACGGAAACCCAAAGUAAACGUUCAAAAAAACAAACAGCAGUUGUAGAUUUUGUGGAGUUAACUUUACUUCUGUGGGAGGAAGAGCCUCACUUGAAAAUUUAUUUUUGCCGUCGGGAAGAGUUGAAGGUGCGGGGCUGAUUUUCGCUCAUUGUUGCGGCUCUAUUGGGUUGCCAUUAAUCAGAAACGAAAACUUGUCAGAACGGGUCUGCAGACCUUGUGGUCGCAAAAUUAGAAACACAGCUGAACUGCACAGUUUCAUCGAGAAGGCUGUAAGCAACACUAAUGUCGAGGAAGAUUUACAUUGAGAGGCUGUGGAAGAUCGAAGCAAAAGGCAGCUUCUCCUCACCAUAACGCCAGAAAGAAGCGAUAUAAGGAAGAAACGUCUCGAAUCUGACGGUGAACGGCUGAAAGAAAAAAGUCCUGGAAAGGUUUAUUCUAGAAAGACCUUGUUUAGAGAAAGCUCGACAGUGAGUGACUCGUAGGACGCAGAAUCGGGAAUUGCUGUUAUUGAAAAAAAAAUUGCUGUUAAUAAACAUUUUAUACACAGACGCUUGAGCAGGUAGCACUUACACUCUCUGGACAAGAUGCCGAUAUUUUGUUGAAUUAUUGUAAUAUGGAAAAUAUUACGGGAAAACCAAGCACUCGGCUUAAAGGCACCGGUAUUGAUUUUGAAUUCUAACGGAGAGGUGAUCGUUCGGAAAAUGUUUGACAAUACGACGCAGGCUAACUGAAAUCGCCAUUUUGGUUUGCUGAACAAGCUUGUUCUAUUGUCUGAUUAUAACCAAUCAGAAUUUGCUGACGCCAGCCUCCUCAGAGGUGAACAAAACGGGGUUAUUAUAGCAAGCGUUCCCUUCCUUCUCUCUCCAAUCCCCUCUCCUUCUUAUUCCUAACUCGACUCCUUCUUUUCUUUCUUACGUGACCAAGAAUCAACCAAUGGCAGUCCCUGUUUAGUUGAGUAAAAGUCUAGGAAUAUAACAAAUGAUCAUGAUUUUGUUGUAAGUGGCAAGGGCAACGAAAAUAAGACAGAAUAAUGUGUCAUCUAGAAUUAGCCGUUGAAGCUUUUUCGAGCAAAACGACUGAACCAUUUUCCAUGAAUUUCCUAGCAGUACUGUAGCCGUUGCUCGCAUGGUGUGCAAUACAAUAGCUUUCAUGAGUCUCUUCUCUGGUGGAAGAAAAUAAUAACACGCCAUUGUUUAUUUGCCAUUGUUUUACGGCUAGGGUAGCAAACCAAUUUUGUUUUAGGGUCCUUAUAGCUGCAACAAAGCCUAUGAACUGGGGAAACAUCUUACUCAAGGUCUAGAGAUUCGUUGUGAGUGUCUACCAGAAGGAGACAGUUUUUCUAAGCUGGUCACAUAAAAGGGCUCUGAACGAGCGCUGUGGCUGCCAACCUGGUCGGAUCCGUGUAGGCAUCAUAUCUGCCUAAUUGAACGUAGCAUUAGUUUGUUGACUAUAAUAUAAUUUAUGUAAUGUUAAUGACCUGUUUGAAGACAAUGGACCUCUUUCAUCUAGUCUACGUCCUUGUUAAAAUAUCGCCCUGUUAUGAUGUUUAAAACUUGACAGACUAAAUGCUCAAUGUGCAAAUGUGUUUUUACUUACGGUUAUUUAAAACACUGUAAUUUACACAGAAAGGUCCGUUCUGCAGGUUUGCCGUGUGACAGUAACGCUCCCAUCGGAAUUUCCGACCCAUCAAUAAUUUCUGAUGCUCAGAUGAACGCCUCAUCCCAACAUGAUUCACUUCGUUACAAACCCUACUACGGUAGACUCCACGACAAAAGAGGCGAUGGUUGGUGUCCUAGUCCAACUUCCGAGGGUAACGACUCGCUACAGAUUGAUCUUCGAGACACGUUUGUAGUAUGUGCUGUCGCCACACAGGGGAAUAGAGAUGGCAAAACAUUGACUACAGCCUUUAAGCUGUCCUAUUCGUCUGAUGGAAAGAAAUGGAAAUUUUACAAGUACGGCGAUUGUUCUGAAAAGGUAAGUUAUUGUUUUCCCUUGCGCACUCAUUCCCCGCGAAGCCCCUCACUCCUUACGUCACGCGUGGCACGCAUGAGUGUAUUUAUUUUCUUGGUAGUCGCAGUUACCUAGUAUAACAAAGCGUAAACAGGCUACAUGAGUUACACUGAUUAGAAUCGGUUUAUUCAUCGUCGGUGAAAUAAAGUUUACCGUUGGCGAACCGCAACCUUUUUCUCUCGCAAAUAACAGCGAACUACAGACAUAACAACGCUGGAUUCAAUAAGCUGCUUAAAAUCCUCGCCCCUGAAACUCCAGCGAGCAAGGGGAAUGCGAGAUACGUACUUUUAGUUAAUAUAGAAAAAAAUCUUUCAUAAUACGUUACGGUUCAGUGAUUUUAGGUAGCGUGCAAGUUGACGCUGAUUACUCCUACAAAAUAAGUCACCCAAUGAACACGUUUGAAAUUUUAGUCAGCCAAUCAAAACUUACAUCUUCGACCUAAAAAAUAACUAAAAACGUGUCAGACCGGUUGAACUAGGCACGACAUAGAGACUAACCGUUACUCGCACUGGUACCGGCAACCCUCCGCGUAGGGUCAAAGAGGCUACCACAUAACCAUCACCACAGCAACAUCAACAGGGACUGGGCUGCCUAAGAGCAUGCAACACAACAGCCGAUCCAUCAUCGGUACACAGCGGACUGCGGAGGGAACAGACUCAAACAUGAAUAGUGAGGAUCAAAGUCCACAGACCAUUAAUGAUAAAUUAACCAACAUUCAUCGUGCUUCAGUAACCCCGAAAUCAUCACCAGAUGAAGCGGUCGAAAUGUCGCGAUCAACAACAAAGCGACGAUCACGAUACGAAGGAUAAUUACAUGCGUGUAUAGGAUAUUAGCUGUCUCAGUGCGGAUACAAAGUUGUCAGACAUAAAUCUUGUCCUAGCCUGAUCUUGUCCGUUCUUUUUAAGUCUGGACGCCGAUUGUUUAAAGUUGAAAUUUGACGGUCGACGGUGAUGUACUCUGCCCAGGACUCCGCAUCCACGUCCUCCGUAGUAGAGGUUGCCGUAGCGGUUUGCUUAAAGUCUCUAAUAUUUGUAUGCUAGUGCAGAAAAACUCCAAGACGCCAAGCAAAUACAAAACUACGAAGACUUUACCUGUAAUGCUUACGGUUUAGAAUCUUACACCUGAUUGACGUUUUCCUCGAAGACAUGACAUUCAAGAAUUACAGUCAACUCUUUCUACACGACGGUUAUUAUAGGGACCGGCACUAAGUUUGCAUCUUAGGCAUAUCUAGGCAGGUGGCCGUCAUAUGGCCGGAGCCCAUAACCCGGAGCGAGCAACUCCCAUACUAGGCCCAUGUCACGGCGUUUUUAAGGACCAGUUUAUUUUUAGACACAUUUUAGGACACUUUUUCCCGAGAAAAUAAAAUUUCCACCAUUUCUAUGAGCGCAUUCGAAGUGUAAGAUAUCAAAAAGGAAAACUAAACGCUAUUAAAAGGCAAAAAAUAUCAUUUUUAGGUCUGUAGGUUUGUGGAAUUCGAAAGAUAUUCAAAAUUCGCGCCAAAGCGUUCUAAAAAUAAAGAACCUCCCAAACUGAAAUUAUUUUUAGAACGCUUUGGCGCGAAUUUUGAAUAUCUUUUAAAUUCCACAAACCUACAGACCUUUCAGAUAUCUUAUACUUCGAAUGCGCUCAUAGACAUAGUGGAAAUUCUAUUUUCGCGGGAAAAAGUGUCCUAAAAUUGUCUAAAAAUAAACUGGUCCGUCAAAACGCCGUGACACGAGCUCAUGGAAGUUGCUCGCUCCGGGGUUAUGGGCUCCUGUGUAUGGAAAAUCUAAUCAGGAAAGGAACGCGAAACGGUUUGAUCAAAACUUUUACUUUUCGUUGAAUGGAGGUAACCGUCUCAUGGAGGUGUCUGUCCGGAGAGAGUUGACGGAAUUUCUAGUGUUUUCGACAAGGCUAGGUCAUGUCGGAUCGACAGUAAUCACAAUUACAUCAAAUAGGUGUUAGACUAUUAUUAUCAUUGCACUUGUAAAUAACCCCCAUAUUAAAUAAAAUAAUUAUCGUGAUUGUUUUUGAAGGAAUUUCAAAGGAAAGGUCGCAGCGAUGAAGUUGACAAAUACAUUUUGCCAGUGCAAAUUCAUGCAAGAUUUAUCCGUUUCCAUCCUACAAAUCGUCAUAACCGGAGCUGUCUCAGGGUAGAAGUGUUUGGGACAAGAGGUAUGUUAUGA